GAUGGAAAAGCUGUCUGAGGUGCCAUUUGAACUCCAGGAGCAAGAGGAGGAAGAAGAGAAAGUGGAGAGUGUGGAUUUGAGAAAGAUUAGGACAUUUUCAGAUCCCCAGAGAGACGAGGCAGCAGAGAGGACACGAUGCGUCCUGGAGCUCAGCAGUACGUGGUGGCCCGGCAGCUUUACUCCGAGGACUCCUUCACCGAGGACCAUGAGAAGGUUUACCGCCACAGAAAGACCAUGUUGGACCACUUCAAGCUGUACUUAACAUGGGACGCCAAACGAGCCAAGAAUGCCGCUCUCUCUCUGCUGCCCAUCAUCAGCUGGAUAAAAAUCUACCAAAUCAAAGAGUGGCUGAUCGGUGACAUCGUGUCUGGAGUCAGCACUGGCCUGGUAGCUGUCCUGCAAGGUCUGGCGUAUUGUCUGCUGGCCUCUUUGCCGCCCUGGUAUGGACUUUUCUCCGCCUUCUUUCCCGUCAUCAUUUACUUUUUCCUGGGCACCUCCAGACACAUCUCAGUGGGUCCGUUCCCGGUGUUGAGUCUGAUGAUCGGAUCAGUCGUCACCCGGCUGGUUCCAGAUGUCGGUCCGCCUGCAAACAUCACAGGGUUUGAAGGCCUGUCGAUGGACGAUCAGAGGGUCCUGGUGGCCUCCUCUUUGACCUUCCUCGUCGGUAUCAUGCAGCUGGCGAUGGGUGUCAUGCAGGUUGGUUUUGUUGUGAUGUACCUGUCCGAUACUCUGGUGUCCGGCUUCACCACAGCCGCUGCCGUCCACAUCCUGGUGUCCCAGCUCAAGUUCAUUUUGGGAUUAACGGUUCCAGGCAUCAGCGGACCUCUCUCUCUCAUAUAUACGCUGGAGAUCAUAUUUAACAAAAUCACCUCCACCAAUGUGUGUGACGUGGUGAUCUCCUUGGUGAUCAUGGUGGUGGUGUUCAUCGUGAAGGAGCUGAACGACAGAUUCAAAUCCAAGUUGCCGGUUCCCAUCCCUAUAGAAGUUAUCAUGACGGUCAUCGCAUGUGGAGUAUCAUACGCGUUUGACUUCAAGACAAGAUUUGGCAUUGAAGUUGUCGGCUUUAUUCCACAAGGGUACGAGCCUCCGAUGGCCCCAGACCUGGACAUCUUCCAGGAGACGGCAGUUGAAGCUUUUCCAAUGGCCAUCGUGGGAUUCGCUGUUGCCUUCUCCGUGGCAAAAGUGUAUUCUGUAAAACAUGACUACACCAUAGAUGGAAACCAGGAGCUGAUCGCUUUCGGAGCCAGCAACAUCUUCGGAGCUUCUUUCAAGUCUUUUGCUGCGAGUACAGCUCUGUCCAGGAGCGCAGUGCAGGAGAGCACAGGCGGCAAAACACAGAUCGCAGGUUUACUGUCAGCUAUUAUCGUGAUGAUCGUCACACUGGCCAUUGGAUUUCUCCUAGAGCCGCUCCCAAAGUCUGUGCUUGGAGCUGUGGUCAUCGUCAACCUGAAGGGCAUGUUGAUGCAGGUUAGAGACGUCCCUUACCUGUGGAGGAGGGACAAACCAGACUGUGUGGUGUGGUUAGCUACCUGUAUUGCAUCCAUCUUUUUGGGGCUGGACCUCGGGUUGGCUGUAGGUCUCGGGGUGGAGCUGCUCAGCGUGGUGCUCAGGGCUCAGUUCUCUCGCUGCAGUGUGCUGGCAAACAUCAAAGGAACUGAUAUCUACAGAGACAGAAAGGACUAUAUUGAUAUAUAUGAGCCGGAGGGAGUGAGGAUCUUCAGGAUACCGUCACCAAUCUUUUUUGCCAACAUUGACUUCUUCAGGACCAAAUUAGUGGAAGCUGUUGGAUUUAACCCGUUGAGAGUGUUGAGAAAGAGAAACAAAGCGGUGAGGAUGAUCCGGAAGCUUCUUAAGAAGGGAGACCUUCAGUGGACAUCAAAAGGCUUCACAAAUGCCUCCUGUAGACCCCUCAAAGAGUCGGAGGAUGAGAGCAACAUUGAGGAGUUGGACCUGCCGACAGACUUUAAGGAUCUUCCCGCUCGGAUCGACUGGAACGCCGAUCUUCCCGCAAACAUCAGCGUUCCCAGAGUGGAUCUCCACAGCCUGAUCCUGGACUUCGCUGCUGUCUCCUUCCUGGACAUCUCCGCUCUGAAGGGACUCAAAACGGCGCUGAAAGAGCUGAUUCGGGUUGAAGUCGAGAUCUACAUUGUGGCUUGUGAUACUUACAUCCUUCAGAAACUGCACGACUGUUCCUUCUUUGACGAUGAAGUUCUCCCGUCGAUGUUCUUCCUGACGCUGCAUGACGCCAUGCUGCACAUCCUCCAGAAACAUCCAGAGUCCACGGAAGAGAAGUCUCACUACGACAAGAUAAUAACAUCAGUCACAAUUCAUCACCCUGGAGGCAGCUUGAGGAGCAGAGAUCGACACGAUCCAGAGACCAAGUUCUAACUUCUGAACGAGAAGAGGAUGAUUCCUUGGAGAAAACACCAAAAAAAAAAAGACCAAAGAGUAAAUGUUUUACAAAUCAAGCUGUACAAAACACUGAUGUAACGACACACUGUCUUUGACUUUAUACCUUCGAUGAUCUGAGUUUACAUAUGCAGUGUUUACUGUAAUGUAGGAAAUCUAAUUUCAUGGUAUUGAUGUUUUUUUUAUACUGUAUAUAGUGAAUUUGUAGAAAAUGUAGGUGCAAUAUAUAUGUUUUUUAGUAUUUUCUUGAUAAUGAGAAUGAACUGACUUCUCGACACACGGGGAGCAAAGCAAUGUGAAAAAGAGUGAAUGUGCAGCGACUGAAAUAAAUAUUGUAUCUCUCUAAAUUAUCACAAUCAAUGUUUCUGUGUGUGUUUUGUAAAAUAUUAAUUCCCCAAAUG